AUGUCCGCUCUCCGCCCUGCUCCUCGAUGGGAAGCUCCCAGUCCCCCGGUCUCCCCCUCUUCCUACGCUGCGACCGAGGACGAAGACGACGCUCUCCACAGCGCCGUCCGCUCCAUCCAGCUCAACUCCUCCUCUCCUCGCGCACCAGAGAGGGACCGGAAGCCCACUCAUAAGAUUCUGACCGAUCUCUCCGAGUCAGACUUUGACAAGCAAGCGGAAGCCAACAGCCGGGCUGCCAGUCUCGCCAUGACCCGCAAUCAAUGGGGGUUCCGUACCACCAUGGCCCCUCCUGUCCCUCCUCGGAGCAUCUCGAUCGACCUGCGCACAACAACUUCGGCUCGACCACCCAUCACGCCCGGACCUCCCGAAUGGACCGGGUCCAUCCGUACGCAGACCACCACAGCCGCCCGCACGGCCAAGCCUGCAUUCGAGGAGGAGUGGUUCGCCGCUCCGCCCAACGAGACGCUAAACGACCCGAACCCCGACGCGUGGCGAUACCGCGAUCCGAUCCCUCGGGGGUGGAACCAGCCCGUCUUCCGCCCCGGACGCCGCUUCCAGGAGAUCGAGGCGCGGGAGCGGCUUCUCCCGCCCGCGCUGGGCGGCCGGUCCAAGAAGGAUCAGCUCGGGAGUGUGAAUGCGAGCUGGGGCCCGCUAGGCGAGCAAGGGACCAAAGUGUAUGGUAUGUUCGAGAUUGAGCAGGAUCCGCCCAGUCGCUCGACGUCGCCUUUCAAAGAGGAGGCGGACGAGGAGGAAAGGCAGAGGCCGGGGAGACACGAGGUGCGAGAGGCGAGGGGGGAGGCGAUGGAGCGGGCGAGGGAGGGGACAAACUACGCGUCGGCUCAGCUGGGGUACAAGGGCGGCAGCGGCAAUGGAGGCGGCAGCGGGGUCGGGCCGUACUACUGGUCCGACCGAGACGCCGAUGUCGAUGGGCGACAUCCCUACCGACGGCCUGGGCAUCACGACUCCGAUGAGCCCCAACACUGCCCCGUCGCGAUACACUCGGAAUCAAGACCGCUUUCUCACCUCGGCAUAUGGCAGCCGGUACACACAGUCCAGUCUCGCCGACAGCGCCAGCCGCAUCACGGAUACGCCCAUGUCCAAGGUAUCGAUGACUUCGCGUGA